AUGGAUUGUCCAUCCGGCACUGGUUCCAAGCAUCUGUCUCCUGCGUUGAGCGCAAGCUCUCCUAACAAAAUGUCACCAUACUCGGACAUCGUCGCCCUUCACUUCGCAGAUCAAGUGCUCCAUGUCCACAGAUUCGUGGUCGAGACCGUGCCGAAGCUCCAUGCCGUGGUCGCAGCACGAAAUGAAUUCGACAUGUCUGAAGUAUCCACUGUGGCAGGUCAUGCCCUUGUCAGCUUCAUGUACAAAGGCAGCUAUGAUCCUCUUGCGCUGGCUGUCCACGACCAGAACAGCGCAGAGCGCAGUACCGACUUGCUGCGCUCCAGCUUCGACGUCUACAAGCUAGCGCGCAAGUACAACAUGACCGACCUGGCAGUCCUGGCACAAGAGGACAUAGAGAGUCGCACCGACGAUCUCGACCCUGCCGAAGCUUUAGCCGCCGUGAAGAAGGCCUGCCCGCUCCCAGACGCCAACGAUGCAUGGCUUUGCAGCUACACGAAGACUUUGCUCGAUGCGACAUAUGCCAGCGUUGAGGCCUUCUUAGCAUCGGAGAUCAUGGCUGCUGAGAAUGCCGAGAUGACCAUCUCAAUCACAGAGAUGCUUCUGCGUACCGUGAUCCGCUCGGCCAAGGAUCGUGAGGCACAUGAGCGUCAACACAUAGAGGAACUACGAGCUGAGGAACAGGACCUUCGAGAGAAGCUGGCCAGAAGGGGCAAAUUAGGCAAGUCGGACCGCAGGAGGCUCGAUGAAAUUGAAGAAGAACUGGCAGCUCUAACCCUUCACCAUGAGCCACAAUCAGAUCCGGAAGAAGCACCCGAACCUGAGGCAGACGCUGAGGCAGUAGCUGAAGCGAUUCCCGACGACUACUAG